AUGAAGAGAAAGAUAGAUUUGGUUGAAGAAGAACACGAGAGUGAACAUGAAGAAAGCGAAAGUUCUGGUGAUGAAAGCGAGGAUGAAGAACCAAGAAUAAAAGAUGUUUUGAGUCAUCUUUCCCGAGCAGUGUCGGAAAAGCGUGCUUCUGAUUUGCUGCAUAGUAUGGCCGCGUCCAAAGAUAUUCUUUUCUGGACUCCCAGCGGACAAUUACUACGAAAUAAACGCACUAUUCCCGUCACAAACAUCGCCGAGCUAGUUGAGUAUGUGUUACUCCCCCAUAACAGUGAGGUUACCAAGCCUCGUGCGCUGAAUACGUUUCUAGAUGGACUUGCAGAGUUAGGAAUGGAUAAAGGUUUAAUCAAGAACAAAAAGUUGUUAAGUGAUUUAAUAGAAAAGGAAAAAGGCUACCGAAAUGUAGAAAAUACUUCUGAUAAUGAGAGCAAUAAUGAGGAGAGUUCAUCGGAUAUUGAAAAUCAGGAGGAGGAGGAGGAGGAAGUGGCUUCUGAGAAUGGCGUUGAAACUGAAGGCACUCAAGAGAGCGACAACGACACUGAAAACGAUAGUGAGGAAACAGAAAGUAGUAGCCCUGAAACGUCCACCACUUUUCACUCUAAAAGUCCUUGUGAACAUUGCGAAAACUCUAAUGUGUACUCCACAUUGAUCAUGAAAUGUCCUAAAUGCUUUUGGCACGAUAACUACAAGAUUUGUCCUAUAUGCGAUCACCAGAUUCCCGAGGAGAGAAAAUACAUCAAAGAGGGCUUUCUUCGGUGUCACGAUUGUGGAUUAAUUUUCCACAAAAACGCCAAGACGUUAGAAACCAAUUUUUAUUCACCUUCUAAAGAGGAGAACGAAGAAGAUGAUUAA